CUGGUCAAGCCGCCUUAUUCUUACAUUGCUUUAAUAACAAUGGCGAUUUUGCAAGCACCUGAGAAGAAGUUGUCUCUCAGUUCCAUAUGCGAGUUUAUCAUGAAUAAGUUCCCCUAUUAUCGGGAAAGGUUCCCCGCCUGGCAAAACAGCAUCAGACACAAUCUCAGCCUGAACGAUUGCUUCGUGAAAGUUCCGCGGGAAACCGGGAAUCCCGGAAAAGGUAAUUAUUGGUCUUUGGAUCCUGCAUCUGAGGAUAUGUUUGACAACGGAAGUUUUUUAAGGAGACGGAAAAGGUUUAAGCGC